AUGGCUUCAGCAUGGUCAUUAAGUGCAGAUUUUUCUACUAUAAACCCUUAUUCUGUAUGGUCUUAUGGCUAUAAACCACCUGGUUAUCAAGUUACCGGGACGUUUGUUUUGUUUACGCACUUAAUACCAGAUCCAAAAGGCAGUGGAAUAGUCCUUUGGGUACCUCAUGAAAACACACCGCUAAGUUUAGCUUAUAAUCCUAAUCCAAUAACUACCAUUUUAGAUGGUGGUGGUAGUAAAAUAACAUAUCCUCCACAUGGUACUGACUUAUUUGGUAUCGGUGAUUUCAAAUCGUACAAGUCAACUAAAAGUGGUAUCACUGUCAGAGAAAAUGAAACUAUUGACUUCAUUAUAGGAAAUG